CCCAACAUCAGCUCCCACUGCCAGUCACUCCAAAGGACACACACCAGUCUUCCCAUUAGAUAAUUUCACACUCAGCAGGAUGGCAGACUCUUCUUGUAAAAUGAGGCAUUUCCCAGGAAAGAAAACCUCACAGGCUGCUGAGGAGCGCGGCAAGUGGGAGACGAAAAAAGAGUUCAUCCUGAGUGUGGCUGGUGCUAUUAUUGGACUUGGCAAUGUGUGGAGAUUUCCAUAUCUUUGCUACAAGAAUGGUGGAGGUGCAUUCUUCGUCCCUUACUUCCUCUUUCUUGUCACCUGCGGCGUUCCUCUGUUUGUCCUGGAAACAUCACUGGGCCAGUACACUAGUCAGGGAGGAAUCAUGUGCUGGAGGAAGAUCUGCCCCUUGUUUGAAGGUAUGGGGUAUGCCAGCCAGAUUAUCAUUUUCUUUGGAAACAUCAGCUACGUUGUGAUCCUAGCCUGGGCCUUCCUUUACUUCUUCUUCUCAUUCUCUGGAAAGUUGCCAUGGGCCAGCUGUAAUAACACAUGGAAUACAGAUCGUUGUGUGGAAAUAAACAACUUUAAUACCACUGCUAACUGGACCUCAUCUAUGAAUGCGUCAUCAUCAUCUGUUAUAGAGUUUUGGCAACGACGGGUGUUAAACUUAUCCACCGGCAUAGAGGCCUUGGGAAGCAUUCGGUGGGACCUUUCUUUGUGCCUUCUUCUGUCCUGGGUCAUCUGCUGCUUAUGUGUGUGGAAGGGAGUUAGAUCCACAGCAAAGGCUACCUACUUUACGGCCACAUUCCCCUUUGUCUUGUUGGCGGUGCUAUUCAUCAGAGGAAUGACCCUUCCUGGAGCAUUUCAUGGUAUCAAAUAUUAUCUGUACCCUGAUCCAUCACGCCUCGCUGACCCACAGGUCUGGAUGGAUGCAGGAACACAAAUAUUUUAUUCCUAUGCCAUUUGCUUGGGGUACAUGACCACAUUUGGGAGCUACAACAAGUACAACAACAACUGUUACAGAGACUCCUUCUAUCUUUGCAUGCUGAACAGUGGCACCAGCAUAAUGUCUGGAUUUGCCAUUUUCUCCGUUCUGGGCUACAUGUCAGUAAAGCAGGGAGUUGACAUUUCUGCUGUUGCUGAAUCAGGUCCUGGACUCGUCUUCAUUGUCUACCCACAAGCUGUAACUCUGCUGCCGUGGCCUCAGGUCUGGUCUGUGUGUUUCUUUUUCAUGAUCAUCUUAUUGGGAAUCGAUGGACAGUUUGCAGGGAUUGAAAGCAACAUGACCUCUUUAACAGAUCUCUAUCCUUCCUACUUUGGAAAGGGAUACCGCAGAGAGCUUCUUCUGUUGCUGCUCUGUGCUGUUAGCUCUUUGCUUGGUUUAUUUCUGGUCACAGAGGCUGGAGCAUACAUCCUGCAGAUCUUUGAUCACUAUGUGUGCAGCGGCCCCACUCUCCUUCUAAUGGCAAUCUUCCAAUCAGUGGUCAUUGGAUGGAUUUAUGGUGCUGGACGCUUCUGUGACAACAUCGAGGACAUGAUUGGUUACAAACCGCUGCCGUGGUUCAAGUACUGCUGGCACUACAUUACCCCUCUUAUUUGUGUUGGAACUCUUGUAUUUUUGCUCCUGAGAUACGCUCCAAUGAGGUUCAACAACAUGUAUGUGUAUCCCUGGUGGGCUUACUGGAUUGGCUGGUUUCUGGCCAUGUCAUCGCUGUCAAUGAUCCCACUUAACAUGGUCAUCAAACUGGUCAAAGAGAAAGGCUCUCUCUGGCAGCGACUCAAGACAGCCUCCCAGCCUGCAGAUGAUCUUCCAGGGAUGGCAAAGGAAAUACCAAGAAUCAGUGCGAUGAUGCAUGUUCAGAACAAGGAACAAAACGACUCUAUGCUAUGAGAAAUAUAUCGUUUCCUUAAAUACAACAUACAGCUUCAAUAUUAGCAGUAUAUGGUGGUGUAUCUGUUACCAUUUCAAUAAUUUCUAAAUGUGUUGGUGUUUCUGAGACAUUUAUUUUAUUCCAGUCUUUGAGCAGAGGGUUUGUAGCAACCUACCAACAACAACCUUCAGGAUCCCAAACAACCAGACCUAGAAUAAGAUUGUAAAGACACAAUAAAAAUAUAUAGACCAAGUUAAAUUGCUUUAAUCUGACCAUAUCUGCUUGCUGUCUUGCUAAUACAUUUUGGCCAAAUGAGACUGAAUUACAUAAACAUGCACAAUGAGUGUAGAGAGGGAACAGCAGAAAUGUAUCAAAAUCUGGCUAAGGAGUAAUUUCCUGCAGGGCUGUGGGGAUGAGUUCGCCUUUUAUUUAUAUUGCAGAAUGUUGCCAUUGUAAAACAAUGGAAAAAUAAGCCUUUGUCUCAUGUGUUCCCUUCUUAAAAGUUAUUUUCGAGGAAGGUAAAUUGGAAAACUAUGUUUACACGCUAUUAGCAGGAAUUAUAACUUAGAGUACAUAAAAAAUUCAGACCUAUUCUUUAUUUAUUUCGUGUCUUUUAAAAAUAAACAGCACAAAAGUACAGUUUUUGAGGCCAGGUUUUUAUGUGGUUGUAAUAUUACUUCUUGGCAGUAAAUGUUAUACCAUAGAAAAGCCUGUUGAUCUCCCUUGAAAUGAUGCCAAGUUUGUAAGGAAAAGGCAGCAGAGGUAUGUUAGGCAGCAGAGUUGAGUGUGUGGGGACAAUGAAUAACUUUUCAAAUCCUCCCUGCGUAUGCCAAACUGCUUUAGGUGGAGGCAGUGGGAUGAUGUGGGGUGGCAUCUCCCUCAGUGAAAAGAAAGGCUUGUUGUAAUCUGAUCCAAUCUCAAUGGAGAGAAACGUCUUGAUGAGAUUCUGCAACCAGUGGCCAUCCCAUAUUUCCACUCUUUGGGACUAAACUCUAUCCACCGAGAUGUCAAAGCCUGCCAUAAAGCAGGUUUCUCAGAGACUGCUUCCAGAAUUUGGGAGUGCAGAGGAUGGAAUGGCCACCCUCCACUCAUACUUUUUGGCGUGCAAGGGUGACCUACACAACUGCAUAGGUUGGCUUGUGAUAAAUGCUGGGCAGUCCUGUGUAACCAACCUAGUAACUAGCAUAAGAAGGACGUUCUAGAAAUUUUUUGUUGUGUAUGGUUGUCCCAUGGACUACUGAAGCCAAUCUUUGCUAAACAAAUUAAUUUCUAAUUUGCUAAUGUGUCUUAUUUCUUUCAGCUUCAACCAUCCAAUCUAAUAUUGACACCAAACAAGUUGGUAGCAAAAUUCAUGGUUGCAACCCAUAUUUUCAACUCUGCCACUCAGCCAACAAAUGCACUUUGCUUACAAAUGUGCAACAAUUUAAAGGCUUUAAACUGUUUAAGAUUUAUUUCUGAGUACUGUUACAGCAAGGGAAUAAAUGACAAAACACAAAUGUCCUUACUUUUUGGGGAUAGUUUGUAUUGUAGAGGUUGGUUUGUUAACAUAAGUGGUGUUUGUUAAUAUUUUAGAAAUGUUAGCUUUUUAGGUGGGUUAAUCUGUGUUUACUAUUAAAUGUUGAAAAAAAACAACCUAAUUUAAUAAUGAAAUUAAGAAGGAUUAGACUUUGUAUUUACAAAAUAUCGGGUCUCACCAGAGUACUUCAAAAACACCUCAGAAGCAGAGGUUGAGGGUAACUUGUAAUGUUCUUAUGAGUGUAGGAGAGAAAUAGGGUACAAUAAAACAUAACAGGAACUAUAUCUUUGUGUGACCAACCUGAAUAAAAGGGAUUUGUUAUGAUUUUAAAAAUUAAAAACAGCAGUUAUGCUCUUAGUCCACAAAACCCAUAGUAAACCCAUAGUAAACUUUUGGUUUAGGGUAUAUUAUUAUUUCACCACAAAUUUUCUUCCGGAGAUGAGAUGAAAGCACUGAAGACUUUGCUUGCAACAUUCCUCUUUCUUCUGCAUUAAAUGUUGACUAUUUUAUGUAUCUAUCACAAAAACAUGAGUACCUUUUCUGAGGGUGUAAAGAUAAUUCUCUUUUUGUCAAUAAGCAAAUAGUUCUCAAAAUUAAUAACAUCUCUGUUUUUCUUUUUCAAAUUUGUCUUUGUUUCCUUUUAUAGAUUUGGGAAAGGAUUCAAGUUUACGUAUUCCAAUAUGCACUAACCAUUUUAUUCAUUAUUUUGACUCAGUGGCUUGCUGAUUUUUUCCAAGUCCAUGUUCUCGUAUUUGACCGUGGAAACAUGCCUUUUGAGAUUACAGUGCUUAGAGUAACAAUGAUUCAGGAUGGUCCAACUUGGCUUCGGGGCAGCAAUUUACCAUUAUGAGGAUAACUGCAACCUUUACCAUUUCUGGUUAAAGGAAACGUUUUGGUCACACAAAGUUUUUCAAAGUUUAAACAGUUGGUGAAACUUCACUUUUUGAAUAUUAAACCCACAGCAGAACUGAACCAUUACAACUUGAGCAAAGACUCACAUCAGCUAGAGACAGCGCUCUACAGAGCCCUGAGGCUUUAGGGGCUGACCUGUGUUGAAAAUCUUCAAUAUUGCUUAGUGUAAAUCUCAACUUUCUGUUUUGAUUGGUAAACUCUGUACAGCCCAUUGGUGAGGGGUUGUUCCUAACUCUCUGGGAUGCCAGUAGGACACUGAGCCCAAGACUCAGGUUAAAUUUACUGAGAUCUUUCAUGGAAAUGUUAUAUUUUUACAUGCUCAGUAUCCUACAGUAUCCUUUCUAUUCUUGAUAAGCAAAUGCUGCUUUUGCAAUGUACUGGAACAUUUUGAAUAGCAACUGGGCGUAAAGAGGAAGGAUCUCCUGUAGACAAAAAUUGGAACCACGUUAAUGAGACCAGCUGGCAGUUUAUCUCCAUUUCCCCAUGGUCCAUUAUUUCAACCAGCCACAAUAGCAGAUUGUUAUACACUAGUCACAUUUUUCAUAUCUACUUUGUGUUUUGGUCGCUAACAAUAACUUGAAACUUUAAGUGAAUUACUCUCCAGCCAUGCCUUACUGUGACUGAGAUAUUGUGAUCACUUACGCGAUUUAAGCUGCAGCUACAAGCCACGAUGCCAUGGAGGUUUUGGACAUGUCGAACAUUUUUGUGGCAUGAGGGUCAGAACCCAGAGGCUCCAUAUAUACCACACAUAAUUGUAAUGUAAUAAUUAGUUGACCACUUGGAGGCACUCAAAUACUGUUUUUAAGGAAAUUAUUCUUAUGAUGUCAUCUGACUGGAGUCGUGAUUCAUCAGGAUGGUCCAAUUUGACUUGUUCAGCAAUCUACCAUUAAAGCGUUACAUAUGUGAUCCCAUACAGACACCCUGUCUGCCCUGAUGAAGAUUCACUUGCCUUAGCAUGCUGAACGCUGUAUGCUGUGAGCACUGGAAACCGAAGUCAGAUUCCUUGUUUGUGCACACAAUCUUGGCCAAUACCAGUGAUUCUGUUUCUGAUGUUUACCAACCCAAAGAAAAGCCAAAUAACGAUGACCUUAAAGCACACAUCAGUACAUUCAGUAUUGCUGCAUAUAGCUUUACAGUAAUAUUAUAUCUUAAUGUACAGGAAGGGCAUUAAAGCUGUUGUUUUAUAUUGUUGAUCACUAGUACUUACAUCACGAUGCGUGUAAAGAUUUUAUGCAAACUAUAAACCAAAUACAUUUUCUUGUGAAAAAGUGUUAAGCCAGCUAUGAUAUAACUUUUACUGAGCCUUAUAGAGUAUUUUUUUGGUACAAAUUAUUUUCUUUAAACCGUAAUAAAGCCUUUUGUCUGUAAGUGUAACUUUAAAGUUGUAUAAUAAAA